CUCAAUACUCCACUCCGAUAGAUGGCAGUAUGCAUUUCCUCGUUUAUCAUAACCAAUAUAACGCGUCUUGUUUGACGCAUGCGCAGUUAACUUACACAAUUGCUAAAAGAUUUACAAUUUAAUUUUUGCUGUUGUAAAAUAUUUUUGUUGCGUAAUUUCGAUCAAAGUCUUCACAUUUAUAUUAUGUAUAAUUUAGUGUAGCAUAUUAAUUUUGUUUUAUGGAAAAUAAAGUUGAAAGGUCACACCGAGGUCGGAGUUCACAGGGUAACGUUUACGAACAUUCGACAUGGCGAAGCAUCAUCCAGAUUUGAUUUUCUGCAGAAAACAAGCCGGCGUUGCUAUUGGAAGAUUAUGUGAAAAAUGUGAUGGGAAGUGUGUCAUCUGCGAUUCCUACGUAAGGCCCUGCACGCUGGUGCGUAUUGAUGAAUGCAACUACGGAUCCUAUCAGGGACGCUGUGUCAUCUGUGGAGGGCCGGGAGUGUCUGAUGCCUAUUACUGCAAGGAGUGCACCAUUCAGGAAAAAGAUAGAGAUGGCUGCCCUAAGAUCGUGAACCUGGGGAGCUCCAAGACCGACCUCUUUUACGAACGGAAAAAAUAUGGCUUCAAGAAGAGGUGAAGCUGUGAACCCGGGUGGGGGCAUGGACGUCGGCGGUGGUGUUCUCUGCAGAGCUGUUCCAAGCCAUGGUUCUGGUCUGUUUUUCCACAAAAAGUUUUGAGCAUAAUAAAGAAAAAGCUGGGCAUGGACACUGAAAGCAGCCAGAGUGAAGAACAGACUGACCUUUUGCGUACAAUGUCAAUGCUGGAGCGCAGCUUCUCAUAGUUGACAUAGGCAGUGGGCUCAAAGCGGCUGACGGCCACCCUGGCUUUGGCGCGGAGGGCGGCUGCCACAUGCAGCCGCCGAGCCCCCUGUCCCAGGGCAAGCUUGGGGGUGGGGAGGACAGAACCACGUCAUCUUUAAAGAUUAAAUUCUUUCACUUUUCAUUUGCACAAGUACAGGUACAAUGGAAUUCUUCUUCGCCUGACCCAUCUUGCUCUCUAUAGCUUGGGAGUCACAGCGCAGGGUCAGCCAAUGUGCAGCCUCCCCCCCCCCCACCAGAGCUGGGGGUUAAGGGACUUUUCAAGGGCCCACAUGUGACUGUUCGGUGAGGCUUGGUUCAAACCGGUGAUGUUCCGAUCACAGGCACAGAGACUAAACCCACUGAGUCACUCAACGCUCCAUCUUAAGACCAUACCAAACGAUGCUAAUGUACAGACCCACAACAUCUCAAGACCAGAGCAAACGAUGUAUAGAAGUGCAAGCCUUCGGAAUGCCCGUCUAUGGAAGAAAUCCAUGGCACAAAAAGCUGAUCCUCUGUGGCCAGCUGAGCAGUUGAUUCAUUGGAAAGUGAAUCACUUUCACAUGGAGAAAUGCUCACCAAGUCAAACUUUUUUUUUUUUUUUAAUUGAAACAGAGUCAAUUAAACUGACAAGUUAUAAUGCUACUUUUAUGUAUCCAUAUAAUGUCAGUUACAUUUUAUUGUCUUCUUGCAAACCUAACUGUACAAAAACUAAAGUCAGGUGAAUGAUUAAGCCUUUUUAUAUAAAAAGCCUCCAGCUUCCAGUCACCUGCUGGGCCUCAAUCAGGAUGAGUCACAAUCUGACAGUAUUAGAAGCAGGAGAAAAUAAGAAAAAUGUCAUCUGGGGCUGGAGGGCUUGAUAAAUUUAGUUUAGAGUAAAGUACAUGGAACCAGACAGGUACAAGUCACACCUAAACCAAACUUAAUUCAGUUUUAGGAGUUAAUCAAAAAUACCAUUUACCUUCCCUGGGGAUGUUAUAAUUCACCGUUUAACCGAUGAGAAUAAUCUUAACCAUUAAUACGAACUGUUAAAUGGUUCAUUUUUAUUUAUUUUUUUAAAAAAAAGAAUAUUAAAAGUUUCCAGUGUGGAAAAGCACAGAAAGCAGAGCGUAACAUGAGUGCCCAUUUUUGCAGAUUGUUUCUGCCGGGGGUCUCUCAGUCAGUCUGCGCACAAGACUAUCCCACAGCAUGUCGACAUGUUGCCGUUACUGAAUAAAAAUCAGUAGACAGGCUAUCAGUUAUACUCAGGGUUUUAUUUAUUUAUUUUGAGGUGUGAACAUGACAACAUUCGUUUUUGUUAAAACGUUGACUGUUGAUAAUUCGGCCAGAUUAAACAUACGCAGUAGCGGAGCUGGUGUUUGUGACAGCACUCUCCAUGCUUUACGUUAAAAAAGUGUGCAGGCUGCUCGCAGUUCAUUUCAGUUUUACAAUAUUUUCCUACAGAGGAGAUGUAGGCUGUGCCAGACCUUGCCGCUGUAGGAUUCAAUGUUUGGUUUAUUUUGUAAAUCUGUUUUCUUCAUUGCAAAGCCUGACAACUUGAUUAUUUGCAUAACUCAUGAAGUCUUUUCACUUGGAAAAAAAUAAACCACUUCUAAUUCCUAAA